CAUUAUUUCUCAGAUAAAGUAUACUGGAGCCAGGUUCUGCUCUAUGUUCACAUGAACCACGCACCACCGCCAGUACAUCUAGAGCUAGAGCAUUUCCAUGGUUUCCUUCAUCCCAAAUAAACAAAAAGAAUAAUAGCAAAUAAUUUGAAUCAUAUACCUACCAUAGUUGAAUUAUAAAGUGGAAAAAGAGUACUUCAUUAGUUCAUUACUUUUAGCUCUGUUCUAUUCGCUGCUCCGAGCAACUCCGAGUUGCUUCGAGCAGCAAUACUGUGUUCUAUUGGCACAUUUUUACUCGGAGUAAUCCGUCUAAUCGUUCUUUUCGCAAGGAGUAGAGUCAAAAGAGCUGCUCUAGAGCAGGUUUUUCUACACCUGCUGAAAAGGAAGUGCAGAAGGAGUAGAGUAAAAAGAGCAGAUUUUUUAAGGCGACAUUUUUUUUUUUUACAAUCAGUAUUCCGACAUUCCGUUUUACGAGUGUUUAUUUUCUUUUUUUUGUUGAAAUUUAGUUGUUUUACAAGGUGUUCUUGGAUUUGUGUUCUUUUCGAAGACUCAUUUCCCCUACUCUCUCUACUCUUUUAUCAGUUCCGGAGAAAAUCACGAGAGUACACAGAGCUACUCGGAGUAGCGAAUAGAACAGAGCUACAGUCUUACUUUCCAUUCAGAUCCGGAAGCGUGAAAACGUGAAAACUGAAGGUGAUAACUAAAUCGAAGAACCAGCAUCCAGGAACAAGGACAUGCACAUGAUUGAUUGGUUUGACAUGCACAUGCAUUUCGAAGACCAACGUUGGACGGUCGGAAGCGCCGGAUUUGCCUAUAAAAUGAAAUUUUACAUUUCUCUUCUCAAUUAUUCUCUCAUACUGUCAUACAGAAGCGAUAUACGCUCUUAGCUGUUGCCGGUAACAGUAGGUGUAGGUAAAGGUAACCGUUUGUCAAGUAACCAAAGGAAUUUUAUUCGUACAUUGAGCUGUUUCAAGAAUCAAGCCAUGGCUGCCCAAAUAUUGAAUCACUUCGAAGUUCAAAGCAUAGAAGCAGGUUUUGAAGGGGGGAAAACAUCAGCAUUUCAAGUUCCAACGUUGACAUUAGUUUCAAUAACCAGCUAAAUACUUGAGCAACUGAAUUUUGACUUUGAGUAAUAGGUACUCUUUUAAGGAAAGUGAACAGGCCAAGACUGCUCAACGUCCACCAUUCAACGUUCAGAUAAUGAAUGAAACGUACCAUAACGACCAUAAUCAAUGAUAGUUUUUAUCAAUGGUGGUCACCGGCACGCGUCACUACAAUGAACAAUCAGUUUAGCGUUCAUCGCACGAGAAACAUUUCUGAUUACCGAACACGGAACACGAAGCCAUACCCUAUAUAGAUGGUUCCUCGAAAACACCGUUGAUGGGUCAGAAAUACACCGACGAUUACUGCGGGACUGCUGAAAAUCAGAUUUCUGUACUUGGGAGAAUGCACCGACGAUAAUUGGCAAAACAUGUUCGUUCUGAGGCUUAAAAUUCACGAACCUCUCCUCCAAGUUUCGAAAUUUCUCGACAAUCUGCAACUUAUGCUGUCUACAUACUACGAUGGUUGUGUGCUUGUUUUUCGCAGGAUGAAGUCAUGAAGUGAACUAAUGAAGAACCGAAGGCGAAAGUAGAUUAUGGAUCACAAAUGAUUUAUAGUUUUGCGAAUUGCAUCGUAUUGCGUACGAAGCAAGGAGUUUUGAAAGGAGAUGUUUCGAGUAGUAGAAAUGGUCGGACGUUUUAUUCUUUUUAUAGUAUUCCAUAUGCCGAACCUCCUGUAGGAGAAUUAAGAUUUCAGGAUCCGGUACCAGCCAAGUCAUGGGAAGGUGUAAGGGAUGCUACGAUUUUACCACCUAUUUGUUUAAAUUUCGAAGGCGAAAAAUUUGGUCAAGAAGAUUGCCUCUAUUUGAACGUUUACACACCUAAAAUUUCAAACGAAACGUUAUUACCGGUGAUGGUUUUCAUUUACGGAGGUCGUUUCAUGUUCGGUAAUGCUCUACCUGAUCGAUAUGGACCACAUUACUUCAUGGACAAAGAUGUUAUUCUGAUCACGUUCCAUUACAGACUAGGAGUAUUCGGCUUUUUAAGCACCGAAGACGAGGUAAUUCCCGGAAAUUACGGAUUAAAAGAUGGUGUAGCGGUACUUCAAUGGGUACAAAAGUAUAUCGAUGAUUUUGGCGGUGAUAAGGACAGAGUUACCGUAUUCGGAGGAAGCUCAGGAUCUAUUAGUGCUGCACUGCAUUUAAUUUCUCCUCUGUCUGAAGGAUUAUUCCACCGAGUCAUUUCUCAAAGUGGGGUUCCUCUCGAGAUAGAAAAACCAGGAAAAGCCAGAUUAAACGCUUGGAAAUACGGUUCUCUAGUCGGAUGUGAUGGAGACGACGUGAAAACUUCCGAAGAUUUGUUAAAGUGUUUGAAAAAUAUUUCCGCCGAUGAACUGAAUCUCCAAAAUAACGGAUUAUUCACUUUUUCAGUAAUGAUGCCCAAUCUACCUUGGAGUCCUGUUAUUGAGAAUGAAAAAGUUCCCGGUGCAUUUCUAGUCGACGAACCGAAAAAAUUAUUGCAGAGGAAGUCUGAAGUACCUUGGAUGUUGGGUAUGAAUUCUGAUGAGGGUGGAAUGUUAGCCUUAUUUACGUAUUUUGGAUUUGAUGGUAAUUCCGGGGUGCAGAAAGAAUUAGAAGCGAAUCACAAGAUAUAUUUUCCUUCGAUAUUCAGAUACGGCGAUGGAAUUCAAAACAACACCGAAAAACUUGAUUUGCUGACGGAAGCGUUGAAAUGUCAUUAUUUUGGCGAAAGAAACAUAUCUCAGAAUAUUUAUGGAUUCGCAAAAAUGUUCACUUCUUUGACUUAUGUGAGAUUGAUUAACGAAUGCGUCAAAUUGUACAACGGACCUAAGUACGUGUAUUAUUACGGUCAUCAGAAUCGUGAAUCGUUUAUUAAGAUGUAUGCCAGUUAUAGUAAUCUGGAUAUGGAUGUCAUUCAUGGAGAUGAACUGAUCAGCUUCUUUAACUGGUCUUCUGUGAUAACUCCGAUCACUCAAGGAGUAGAUUUAGCAGUUUCCGAACAAAUGCUCGACUUAUGGACUAAUUUCGCUGCCAAUGGAGAUCCGAAUUACAAAUACGAAGAUGAAUCAAUAUGGAGACCUACGGUAUCGUCUUCUGAAAUUGAUUAUUUGCAUAUUGAAAACGGUACGUUCGAAAUGAAAACCAAUUUUGCAAAAGAAGAACUAGAUUUCUUGGGAAGUCUUCCUAUCUGACUGAUAUUUUUAAUACUUGGGUAUAAAAUACCUAUUAAAAUGAUUUUCCUGUGAUAUUUAUACCUAUAAUGUAUAAUAAAGUCGAAAUAUUUUUAUACUAUUGUAUUCGAAAAACAAAAAAUUGUGAUUGUUCAUUUCAACGUAGGUAGAUACCUAUGUAAUAAAAAUACAUUGUUUUUUGUUGUUUAA